AUGCCGACCAAUAAUUUUCUUUAUAAAAAUUUGGAUAGAGUGCAGAGUCCACAGUGCAGAAAAGCAGAAAUCAGUUUAAAAUAGAAGAGAAAUCACAGAUCAUCAUUCCACAAUACACUCUCAGCCACCAUUAUAAUACACUCUUCAGCUGAAAGAUUCCAAUUUUCCAACUAAUCUCUUCUCCUCCUUUUAUACCUACCGGUACGGCCACUGUAUCGCCGCCGGUGGUACCCUCAGUCCCCACUCCACCGCCAACUCCAAAAUAAGAGGACCCACAUUUCCUCUUUCAUUUACCUACCAAGUACUGCCCACAUAUACCUGAAAUUCAAUACAACUCAAUCAAUCGGAAAAUUCAGAAUUCUCUUUCUUUACAUCUUCACUAUGCGAGGAACCUGAAAAGUUCCUCUGUUUUUAUUUCAAGAUGCUCUGCUGCAAAAAUUCAGUUAAAAAUGGCCGUGGAUCGGUUCCGGUGUACUUAAACGUAUACGAUCUAACUCCGAUGAAUGGUUAUGCGUAUUGGCUGGGUCUCGGAGUUUACCAUUCCGGCGUUCAAGCUAGUUCAUGGAGUUGAGUAUGCAUUUGGAGCUCAUGAGUAUCCAAGUACUGGAAUUUUCGAAGGGGAGCCGAAAAAGUGUGAAGGAUUUAUUUUCAGGAAGACAAUUUUGAUCGGAUGGACGGAGAAGACACCUAGAGAAGUAAGAAGAGUUAUGGAAGAACUUGCUGAUAAGUAUAAAGGAAAUGCUUACAAUCUUAUUACUAAGAAUUGUAACCAUUUCUGUAGUGAUGCUUGUGUUAAACUCACUAACAAUCCAAUUCCCAGUUGGGUUAAUCGACUAGCAAGAAUUGGUUUCGUUUGCCAUUGUAUUGUUCCAAUGAGCUUAAAGUCUACCAAAGUUCGCCACCAUCGGAUGGAGGACAAGGCAAGUGAAGGAAACAGCAAGAAACCUCAGAGCAGCUUGAAUAACCAGACUCCGUCUUUGAAUCCAUCAGGUGAAGGGGACAAGAAGAAACCUCAGAGCAGCUUGAAUAACCAGACUCCGUCUUCGAAUCCAUCGGGUGAAGGGGACAAGAAGAAACCUCAGAGCAGCUCGAAUAAGCCGACUACAUCUUCAAAUCCAUCAAACAACAAGAAACCUGAGAGUAGCUCGAAUAAGACGACUCCUUCAAAUCCAUCGUCAGUUUCUUUGCAGUCUCCUCCAAUUGCCAAAUCCACAAGUAGUAACGAAACCAGAAGCCCGCUACCUCCAUCUACGCUGUUGACGUCAGAUUCAAAUGCAUCCUAGAAUUUCCUUAUGCAGAAAGGCCAAUGCUUUAUUUGAUUCACCUUUAUUCUUUUGCUCGUUUCUUCAUAAUGCUAACAAAUAUUGUAUAUGCAAAUGCUUUCAGUGGAAAUGAAA